CUCAUCGGGCAUUACUUCUUGGAUCUGGCUUGCUUCCGAUUAUUUCCCCCCCCCCCCAACAUAAUGAAUUUACUGCCGUCCAAUCCACAUGGGAACGGGCUCCUUUACGCCGGAUUUAACCAGGACCACGGGUGCUUUGCCUGUGGGAUGGAGAAUGGGUUUCGUGUGUACAACACAGACCCCCUCAAAGAGAAGGAGAAACAAGAGUUCCUAGAAGGUGGUGUGGGCCAUGUGGAGAUGCUGUUUAGGUGUAACUAUCUAGCACUGGUGGGAGGAGGAAAGAAACCAAAGUACCCUCCCAAUAAAGUGAUGAUCUGGGAUGACCUAAAGAAGAAGACCGUUAUUGAGAUUGAGUUUUCAACAGAAGUCAAAGCAGUGAAGCUCCGGCGUGAUAGGAUUGUGGUGGUCCUCGACUCGAUGAUUAAAGUAUUUACCUUUACCCACAACCCUCAUCAGCUGCAUGUGUUUGAGACCUGCUAUAACCCCAAAGGUCUUUGUGUGCUUUGUCCAAAUAGCAACAACUCUCUGCUGGCUUUCCCGGGCACACAUUCUGGGCACGUGCAGAUCGUGGACCUGGCCAACACAGAGAAGCCCCCAGUCGACAUCCCCGCCCAUGAAGGGGCUCUGUGCUGUAUCGCCCUAAACCUGCAGGGCACGAGGAUAGCUACCGCUUCAGAGAAAGGGACUCUUAUACGAAUUUUUGACACUUCUGCGGGUCAGCUGAUUCAGGAGCUGAGACGGGGAUCUCAGGCAGCUAACAUUUACUGCAUUAAUUUCAACCAAGAUGCAUCGCUCAUCUGCGUUUCCAGUGACCACGGCACAGUGCACAUCUUUGCAGCAGAGGAUCCCAAAAGGAACAAACAGUCAAGCUUGGCGUCAGCCAGCUUUCUUCCCAAAUACUUCAGCUCCAAGUGGAGCUUCUCUAAGUUCCAGGUCCCCUCAGGCUCCCCCUGCGUCUGUGCCUUUGGAACAGAGCCCAACGCCGUCAUAGCCAUUUGUGCUGAUGGCAGCUACUACAAGUUCCUGUUUAACCAGAAAGGGGAGUGUUCCAGAGACGUCUACGCCCAGUUCCUGGAGAUGACGGACGAGAAGAUAUGACCUCAAAGCCCCCUGCAGACUCGCUGUAAUGCAGCCAUGGUUUUAUUUAAUGGGUGGGAGGACAGCGUUCUGCGCCCUAUCUCCCAUCAUCUUGAUAGACUCCCUGCAAGAGUGUCAGUAGGGGAGGUGGGCAUCACAGUUUGGGAAAUCCUGACAAGGACGGACAGACGCUAGCACCACGAGAGGUGCAGACUUGUUCUGUGACAUGAACUUCUGAAGAUGGUCUCCGGACUAGUCAUGAGUGGGCAAAGGGACCGCGAUUUUCAGCCUCCUAAACCAAACACGAGGGAUAAGAGGGAAACUUUUUUUUUGAAAGGACAAUGUAAUGAUGAAGAUGUCUUCCAUGAAAUUCACGAUGGAUUACAAUGGCUAUUUUUAAUCACAUUGUUGAUUCUAACAGUUAGAUGGAUUUAAAAAAAAAAAGAUUUUUGUCAAAUAACACCACCCAGUCUAGCUACAGGGGGAGUGCCUAUGAACUGAGGCGAAACGGGAUGUGUAUGUGCGUGUGUGAGUGUGUGUGCGCGCGCACACGUGUAUGUGUGGUUACGUGCAUCUUCUAUAUAUAUGUAUGUAUGUGUGUGUAUAUAUACCAACGGACUACAUUUAGCUGCUCACAAAGCAGAAACAGUGUGUACUAACUGUAAUGAUGAGCUGCCUGAAAUAGCCCAUGUUUGUUUUUCUAUUUCAGAUGAUGUUGCAGCUGUGUCCGUCUGUCAUAUUAACAUUACACCUUGGAAUCGGUGAGACGGGCCCAAUUCAGAUUGUUCACCCAAGUUGACAGGCGUCGGUCCUGCUUUGUGAAAUGCGAUCCUAGUAUUACUAAAUUUUGCUUAUCUUCACUGUAUAAACACAAUGCGCCGGACAGAACAUAUAGCUGCAUAGAACUGUACAGAAUAGAAGCAGAAAAAAAUGUUUUUUGUCCUUAUUUUCCAUCUAUAUGUGCAAUACAUGUUCUUCCCUUGAUUUUUUUUUUAGUUUUUUUGUUUAGUUUUGUUAAAAGCUUGUCAUGAAUGAGUGCUUGUGGCUUCUACACAAAUAGGAACGCCUAACAAUCAAACCCAAGCACUGUUUCAGUCAGAUAAGGAUCAAAAUCUGAUCAAUUUGGUUAUUGUCCUACACAGACGAGCUGAACUGUAAAGAGGUAUGAAUAAUAAGCCAACUUGAAUGUCUUUCAAGGCGUUUCAGGUCUGCACUAGAUGUUUCCCGAUAUUCACUGUUAAUACAUAGUCGAUAUAAAUUGAUUUAAUCCCAAAAGAAAUCCUUGCCUGUGAUUGGUGGUUCUUUCUAAUGCUUUUUUUCCCCUAAUGUGUUCGUUUCGGUCUAGUCACUUUCCAGUAACCGCUCUUUGGUACCGUGAAAGUUUACGACGGCAUGGUCUUUCUGCCUGGCUUAACUCUGUGAACGAUUUUAACAGUCACCUUAAGUGUAUUAAUAAAGUCAUACGAUGCAAAUCAGGGAAUCUCGUGCUGGAUUCAGUUCUCAGACUGAUCCGGUACAGUAGACAAGACCCGGCGAUUUAAAAAGCGGUGUGGCAACGCACAAAUCACAUAUUCAGCAUACUCUCGUCUUAUUCUCCAUCUGGCAUGGUAAUCUUAACUUCUAUCUCAUCGUGUCAGUCAGAGACGGCUCUGAAUGCAUUUCACUUUUUGCUUCAUGCUUUAGAAUGUAUAUUUUCUGGUCAGAUUUGCUCACACCACACAAGUCAGCGAUGUUAACACAUUCGGUUAUACUUUACUGCAGUGGGCACACUACACAAUAUCCACUUGAUUCUGAGAAAAAAAUUAAAAUGAUUGUAAAAAUAUGCAUUUAAAUUUGAAUAAAAUCUAA